CCAGCCUCAAUGGAUCUUUGCAUUACCAUUAAAGGAGUUUCAUUUUUCCUGCAGACGGGGCUGGGGAUACUGGGUAAUGUAUCUGUGCUUUUGGCAUACACUCAUAUCGUUCUAGUAGAGUCAAGUCUGCAGCCUGUGGACAGAAUCCUGGCUCAUCUGGCUUUCAGUAACCUGCUACAACUGCUCAUGCGUGGUGUGCCAGAUACAAUGUUCAUCUUUGGCCUGAGUAGCCUGUUGGAUGAUUCGGGCUGCAAAGUGGUGAUUUUUGCCUACCGCAUUACCCGUGGCUUAUCUGUCUGCCUCACCUGCAUGCUAAGCAUCUUCCAAGCACUCACCAUUGCACCAUUAUCCGGGUCAUGCUUGACCAAACUGAAAUCUUGUCUUCCGCUACUGGUCAUGCCCACCUUCAUAGGUCUGUGGCUCUUCAACGUGAUGGUCCCCAUUGCUGCUGCACUUUUUUCCAUGGCACCUCGGAAUGGCACCAUGCCUGCCUUUACAUUCAACCUCGGUUACUGUCACGUCAGCUUCCCUGACAACAUGACCUAUGUGGUGAAUGGCGCAGUCCAAACGACACGAGACUUCGCCUUCGUCGUCAUUAUGUUGGCAUCCAGCGGCUACAUCCUCGUCCUCCUGCACAAACACAGCAAGCAGGUCAGGUCCAUCCGACGUGCUAAUCAAGGAACCUCCAUGGAAAUGCGGGCAGCUAAGAGCAUCGUCAUGCUUGUGGUGCUGUACACCCUGUUUUUCGGCAUCGAUAACGUGAUAUGGAUUUAUAUGAUCACUGUGGCCCAGGGCCCAGCUAUGGUGGUGGACAUGAGAGCAUUUUUCUCUGCGUGCUAUGCCACAUUCAGUCCCUUCUUCAUUAUAAGCACCAAUAAGAAGAUAAAGGAGAGGAUGUUGUGUGCGGCUGGAGGACAGUCCGCUGAGGACUCCAGAGACAAGCCAAAAACAUAA